AUGUCGAAUAAACAACAAAUUCUCUUGCUCAAACCGGGUUUUAAUAAUUUCUCCAUUGAGCACGAUCUCCUAUUGCCAACUCCAUAUGAACUUAUUGUUGUCUCUGACGACACUGAUAUUCUCUCAUACAUUUCUAAUCCACUUGUCGUUGCUAUUAUCACUAGCAAUUCACCAAUAAAGGGUAAAACUAUUGAAUAUAUUACUCCUUCGUGUCGUGUGGUUAGUUCUUUCGGGGUUGGCUUCGAGAACAUCGAUGUCAAAGCAUGCCGUCAACGAAAUAUUACUGUCUGCUACGUACCGGAUUAUGGUACUAACGAGGUUGCUGAUCAUGCUGUUGCACUGCUCUUUGCUGCUCAUCGUCGUCUUUCAGUCUAUCAUCGAUCCAUAGUUGAUCAUAGAAUUUGGAAUCAUGAAAUUGCUGGUACUGAUUUGCAUAGUUUAAAUACACUGAAUUUGGGUGUUAUUGGUAUGGGUCGCAUCGGGACAUCUUUUGCUACUAAAAUGCGUCCUUUUGUUAAGCAAAUAUUUUCUUACGAUCCAAUUGUACCAUCGAGUUGUACGUCUAUCGACGAAAUCUAUGAUCAAUGUGAUAUUAUUUCAUUGCAUGUCCCUCUUACAUCUACCAAUCAGCAUUUGGUUUCAUCCGAUGCAUUCAAUCGUAUGAAAAAGCGGCCGAUAUUCAUCAAUGUGAGUCGUGGAGGUCUUGUUGAUACGAAAGCGUUAGUACAGGCGUUGAAAAACGAACAAAUAUCGUACGCUGCACUUGACGUACUGGAAGAUGAACCAGAAAUCGAUGCAGAACUCAUCAAGCUUGAUCGUAUUCAGCUCACACCCCAUGCAGCUUGGUUUACUCACGAAUCAGCAUCUUCUUUACGUACGAAAGCAAUACAAGAUAUCUUACGUGUUUUAAAAGGCGAACAACCACUAUUUCCAGUACCUAUGGAAGAAUAA